CCGCUCCAAUCAUAUUUUGCCCGUGUUGUUUUGAUCAUUUUGUUGCUUGUUGUUCUUUCGAGACGUUUAAAUUUUAAAAGUCAAAGUACAAGUUUGUAAAUGGUUACGCCUACGUGUGCACUGGUCCUGAAUGACUGACGAUAAGGAGGGGAUGGAGAUGGAAGACGAGGAAAUAACUGAGGAGGACAGUGACGAUGACGAUGAAGAAGACCAGCCCGAAGCGGAAUCAGGCUCCACGGAUUGUUCUGAAGAGGAAAGCGAGUAUAUUGAAAGCGAUGCCGUUUUCUCCCAUGAACAACACCAAAAGAACAUUCUUAAAUUCAUCAAUGACAAAGCGGAGUUUCAAUUUAGCAUCAAUUAUAACCUGUAUCCUGAUCUUGUACCAUAUUUUUGGGCCUCGGUGAAUCAGUACUGUCAAGAACUAAUGGAGCUCUUUAUAAUCUCGGAUGGAUGGAGAUUGACAGAUUUCUUGAAAGCAGCAGAGGCACAAAAGUUGCAUUCCUUAUUUAGAUGUGGGUAUACCAACAAGGGAACAAUUGAACAGAAGGCGAAACAUUUUCAAUUGACUUUUCAAAUUCUGUUGGAUGCUGCCAAAUUCCAGUGGCUUGCCCCAUGGAAAACAAAAAACACGUUCGGCUUGAGCACUUGUAUGAAGAGGCAAAUUGGAGGCAUGUUCCUCUCGUACUAUUUUCUGACGAAGCAACCCGAACCACCUCAAGGGGUCUUGUCAACUCUGAAGAGAAAGAUGCACCUGGAUGCGGACGACUCGAGAGGCGUUCGAUUCUUUCUGAACGAUGUUGCUAAACUGGAAGAUAGUGGAAAUGGGAAAAUGCUUAAGAAAGAAAUCAAACUCAUAUUUCUCAAGUUACAUCAUCAAGGAUUAUUUGAAAAAACUAUGUUAAAAGAUGAUUACUGCUUGGAAGCUCCAACCUUGCUUUUAGCAGGCUUUAAAGCUGACCCACAUCUGAAUUACUUUGGUCUGUUGAAAGAUGUUCGAGAUAAACUACUGUAUUUGACCUUUCAAGGAAUAGGGAACACGACGUUCAAGGAAAUGUUAAAAGUGGCACAAACGCUAGUGAACAAGGACAAGAAAAAUAAGAAAUCAAAAUGCAAGGGAAAUGAUUCAAACCAAGCCGACUCUUAUACAAGUACUUCCACAAAUCAACGCCAACCUCCUCUGACAUUUCAGACAAAACUCCGACAACGUCUUGACCAACAAUUUCAAGCGUUCCAACAGCAGCAUGCAAUGCCUUCAGUCUUGGAACCUGAACCUGAACCCCUUUCUUCUAAAAAGUCAAAAUCCAGCUCGCCCCAAAGUUUGAACAAAAAUACAAAACCAACACCACCAUCUUCCCCGAAGAAAACAAUACCCACGACAAAGAACACCAGCAAUGCCAACACCUUUCCUCCAGCUAGAAAAACGGAGUGGACGGUUGAAGAUGUGCAGGCAUUAAAGCAAGAGCGUGACUUGGCAGUCAUUGCAUUUAGAAUUAUAGAGAUUUUAAGGUUUGUUACACCAGCAAACCCAAUGACCACAUCUCGACUUAUCAAUGAGCUUAGAGUUGAACAAACCUCUAAGGAUUUGAUCGAUAAGUAUGCCACACGAGGCAAAGUCAGCCAUGAUAACAGAUUAAAUUGUCCAAGUCGCUUGGCUAAAUUGAGUAAACGUGGGAAACAUCAUUGCUUUAAUACCACUGGGACAAAUUCCUGGAUGAAUUACAUCAGCGAUUCGAAGAAACAAUCAAAGGCUUUCACACCUGCAGAAAUGCUAGAAAAACUAAAAACUCAUACAGUCGUUGCUACUGAACCAUCACUAAUAUUCAAGCCCCUCCCACAUCCAGAAACGUUUGUCGAUGGGAAUGAAGAGUUUGAAUUUGAUGAUGACAAUGUUGACGACGCGUGGUCAAUAGAUGAAAAUGAGAAGUUUCUUCAAGAAGGUGCUCAUGUUGAAUCUGAAAAUGCCACUGUCGGAACAAAACCAACCACUACCAGUCCAAAGAAAAACGAACAAUUACGUGACAUGCCAGAUCUAAGUAAAUUUUGGGAGAUGGACGACGAUAGUGCCACUGCAAGGUUGACUUUGGACCAUGAACAACCUCCUCGUCUCUCUCCCGUGAUUUUACAUGAUGAUCCUUUACAGGACAUGCCUUCAAGUUCCGUCGCCUCAUCAAUCACUGGUGGAAGGGAUCUCAGCAUUUCCAGCGUGCAGCAAGUAGAUUCGUCACCUAACACGAGGCCUUGGUUCAUUCUUGUCACGGAUGAAAAACGUACUGCGAGUUCACCCUCAAGCUCAAAAGGUUUGUUAGCAACAGAAGCCAAAGCGGAUGAACCAAGUAAAUUUUUGUCUAUGCCCACAAUUGCAAACUUAUCGUUAUCGACACCAUCUAAAAACUCUGAGCAGUCUACAUCAAAAUGUGGUACUCGCACCGUUUCUGAAAGGGCCGGUAAACAACCUUCAAAGGACUCGAUGGACACUGCAACGUCCAGUCGUCGUUCUCUUCGAUCUUCAAAAAAUAAAUAAAAAUUUCAUACAUUGAUGCAUACAACUUAUAACUUAUAAGCACAUGAGAUUUGUGUGAUUUGCCCCAAAUUCCGUCUCACUGCGGGAUGAACUUUUCUAGCUGAUGUUUUGCAGCUCUGAUUAAAUUUAUGGAAUAAAUAAAAACGUUAAAAUCAAAUUACAUUUUUAAACUAAAAAUUUAACAAUAUAUAUAUAAGUUACUGACAGAUUUAUUUCUAUGAAACUACUCUAACCGGGAGCGCCAUAAGCACAAUGCAAACUAUAAGGAGCUCAUUAUUUGGAUUAUUCCGGCGUGUCGUUGCUGCGGGUAUAAAUUCAACCCUCUUGGCGACACCAACUCUGGCAAGUCAUUUAUAUCUCCAGCCGUUCGUCGUUCAGUCGUCAUCACGUUUACUGCAACCCCCUCUGCUGCAACACCAGUCUCAUCGCAGCUUAUCUACCAAUCUGCUGAGAUCAUUCAUUGGGGGGAGGCAACCACUGGGGGUGCUCCCAUCUCCACCAGCCCCGUUCUUCACCCCAGUCCGGACCCACAUCCGAAUCCACUUUCCCAGACCCAAGGAGAAUCUUCGAGUGCGACGCCACGGAUGGAAGAAGCACAUGUCUACGCCAGGAGGACGGCGACUCAUCAUGCGCCGAAUUUUGAAGGGCAGAUUUAUCCUCACCCACUGAUUAGUCAGUACCAGUCAAUAUUUUAGUAGACCCGGUUAAUACAUAAAUCCCCAUCUUAAUUUGAUUGUCAUCAUUUAAUACUUUUGAUUAGUACUGCAAAAGCUGACGAAUAAAAUGCUGAUCCGGCCAUGUUGUUCUUG